AAACCUUUUGUGCCCCCAGUCCUUGUGCCACGUAGAGAAGUCCCUGUAAGCAGGCAUAUACACAGUAGAAGUGAAAUGUUAGUUGGCUUGCUUUUGUAGCCAUUUCAUUUUUUACCUUGGAUUACAGACACAGCGGUUAGUAAGGGAGCAGUCAUGGAGAGGAGGGCCCCAAACUACUCCAAAUGGGCGGAAAGGCGAUCCACUGUGGUUUAUGCAAUGCGCUCUGCCACAUUCGGCUCAUGGAGGAUGCUGACUUUGGGCGCGGAAUACAGCUCAUGGGCCCAGUCCCCUGAAAGCCUUCGUCAACGACAGGCAGUGAUAAGCCAGAAUGCUGAAGAAACGGACAGCAUCGACAUUGACUCGUCAUGGCAGCAGAUGGACGUUCCUCAACAGUAUGAUGCCAUCCUGCACCUUGACGAGAGAGCAGCUUCAGGAGGGAGUCGUGGUAAUCAUAACAUCAUUCGUACACACGAAGCCCUCAAUAGCACGCCAUGGUCCAAGUCUAACAGAAUGGCUCGCUUCGCAGAAGAUCUACCCACCCGCUUUGGAGCUGGAGCAGGUGGAGGAGGCAGAGGUACGCCCGGCGCAAGCAGAGGGGGCGCCCGGGCUGGUGGUCCUCCAGGCGGCCAAAGGAUGUACAAGCAGUCGAUGGCUCAGAGAGCCAGGACAAUGGCCAUAUACAACCCUAACCCUGUCAAACAGAACUGCUUCACUGUCAACCGAUCCUUGUUCAUCUUUCGAGAGGACAAUCUCAUUAGGAAGUAUGCUAAGCGAAUAACCGAAUGGCCUCCGUUUGAGUACUUGAUCCUGGCCACCAUCAUCGCCAACUGCAUCGUACUGGCCCUGGAGCAGCACCUACCAGCCAAUGACAAGACCCCCAUGUCAGAACGUCUGGAUGAUACAGAGCCCUACUUUAUUGGAAUAUUCUGUUUCGAGGCUGGCAUUAAGAUUAUCGCCUUGGGCUUUGCAUUUCACAAAGGCUCGUACCUCCGCAACGGCUGGAACGUAAUGGACUUUGUGGUCGUCCUCACUGGGAUCCUGGCCACGGUGGGCUCAGACUUUGACCUGAGGACUCUGCGUGCGGUGAGAGUACUGAGACCACUAAAACUGGUGUCUGGUAUCCCCAGUCUUCAGGUGGUUUUGAAGUCUAUCAUGAAGGCCAUGGUGCCUCUGCUCCAGAUAGGCAUGCUGCUCUUCUUCGCCAUACUCAUGUUUGCCAUCAUCGGAGUGGAGUUCUACAUGGGCAAGUUCCACUCCACCUGCUUCACUGUCGACACUGGUGAGCGAGCAGCAGCGUUCCCCUGUGGUACGGAGGCCCCAGCCAGGAUGUGUCCUAAUGGUACAGAGUGUACAGAGUACUGGAUCGGCCCCAACUACGGCAUCACCAACUUUGACAACAUCCUGUUUGCCGUGCUCACCGUCUUCCAGUGCAUCACCAUGGAGGGAUGGGUGGACAUCCUCUACAAUGCUAACGAUGCCUCGGGGAACACUUGGAACUGGCUCUACUUCAUCCCCCUGAUCAUCAUCGGGUCCUUCUUCAUGCUCAACUUGGUCCUGGGUGUCUUAUCAGGGGAGUUUGCCAAAGAAAGAGAGCGUGUGGAGAAGAGGCAGGACUUUCUAAAGCUGCGCAGACAGCAGCAGAUAGAGAGAGAGCUGACAGGAUACCUGGAGUGGAUAUGCAAGGCAGAGGAGGUGCUGCUGGAGGAAGAGGAUGAGAACGCGGAGGAGAAGUCCCCUCUGGACGGUGCGUGGUACAAGAGGAAACAUAACCUCCCAGUGUUGAAACGAAGCAAGGUAAAGAAGAGUAAGAAUGACCUGAUUGGUGCUGAGGAGGGAGAGGAUCACUUCACUGACAUGUCCUCUGUUGCCCCCCCAGGCUCUCCGUUUGGCCGGGCCAGCGUGAAGAGCAGUAAGCUGGAGAGCUCGUCCUACUUCCGCCGCAAGGAGAGGAGAAUGCGUUUCUUCAUCCGUCGCAUGGUCAAAGCCCAGAGCUUCUACUGGAUAGUGCUAUGUCUGGUGGGCCUCAACACACUGUGUGUGGCCAUCGUCCACUACGACCAGCCUGAGUGGCUCACCACUGCCCUCUACCUGGCAGAGUUUGUGUUCCUGGGUCUGUUCCUGUCUGAGAUGAGCCUGAAGAUGUAUGGCCUGGGAGCCAGGAACUACUUCCAUUCCUCUUUCAACUGCUUCGACUUUAGUGUGAUAAUAGGGAGUAUACUUGAGGUGGUGUGGUCUAUGAUCAAACCAGGGGCAUCCUAUGGCAUUAGUGUGCUGAGGGCUCUCCGUCUGCUCAGGUUAUUCAAAUUUACCAAGUACUGGAACUCCCUGAGGAACCUGGUAGUGUCUCUUCUCAACUCAAUGAAGUCCAUUAUCAGCUUGCUCUUCCUCCUCUUCCUCUUCAUCGUUGUCUUUGCCCUGCUGGGCAUGCAGCUCUUCGGAGGACAGUUUAAUUUUGAAGAGGAGACGCCGACGACCAACUUCGACACUUUCCCCGCGGCCAUUCUCACCGUCUUCCAGAUUUUGACUGGCGAGGAUUGGAACGCAGUGAUGUAUCAUGGUAUUGAGUCCCAGGGGGGCGUACGGCGGGGGAUGUUCUCCUCGGUCUACUUCAUCGUCCUCACACUCUUUGGAAACUACACGCUCCUGAAUGUCUUCUUAGCUAUCGCCGUCGACAACCUCGCCAAUGCACAGGAGCUCACCAAGGAUGAGGAGAAGCAGGAGGAAGAAGCCAAUAAGAAGCUGGCCCUGCAGAAGGCCAUGGAGGUGAAGGAGGUCAGCCCCAUGUCAGCAGCCAACAUCUCUAUCGCUGCUUUUGUAAAGCAAAAUCGAGAUGCACUCUCUCGCAGCUCGUCCGUCUCCAGCGUGCAUUCACCUAAGGAGCAGCAGAGAGCCAAUAAGAUAAUGUCAGUGUGGGAGCAGCGCACCAACCAACUGCGUCGAAACAACCUGAGAGCCAGCUCCGAGGCUCUGUUCAACGAGAUGGACCCGGAGGAGCGUCUGCGGGUCUCCUCCGCCCUCCACCUGCGCUCCGACAUGAAGACCCACAACGACCGCCCCCUAGUGGUGGAGCCAGGUAACGGGGACAAUCCCCGACCCCCCGAGGAGGACAGAGACGGAGCAGACCCCCAGCAAGAGGGAGGAGACCCCCACGGUCCACAGCCACGCAAGCACUACCGUCACCGGGAGAGGAAUGGGGAGAAUGGGGAGAGCAGGCAUCACACCCACCACAGCCGCAGUAGGGACCACUACCACCCAGACAGGCCCCGGUCCAAAGAGGGCAAGGUGGAGAGGAACCAUAGUCGAGAGGGGGGGCAGGACCACAGGCACCAUCACCAGGCUGAAUCCCCAGAGGAGGGGGUUAACGGAGGGGGAGAGGGAAGGGAAGACCGCCACCACCACUCCGACAGACAGGGGAACGGGGCCCUGGCUACCAGGGACAGACUGGAGAGCAGGGGCCGGGGCCACAGGGAGGAGAACGGAGAAAGGAGGAAGCACCGCUCACGCAGAGUCAGGGCCCAGUCAACGCUGGAUGGAGACGAGUGCAGAGAGAACGGAGAGAGAAAUGGAGACAGGGACCAAGGACACAGGGACAGGCAGACCGACUCUCAAGGGGAGAGCUUGGCCACCAGUCCUGUGCAGCCUCCUGCAGGUCUGCAGGCUGGAGAGAAGCAAGAGGAUGCUGACAACCAGAAGAACAGCCACAGAGCCAGCCAGGCAGGCCUGAACAGCAACACUGUCCACAUCCCUGUCACCAUCACCGCCCCAUCCAGAGAGACUACCAUCAUACCCAUCGAUAACAUAGACUGUGAGAGCCUCCCCCGGAACGAGGAGAAGAAGGACUUGGAGGAGGAGCUGAAGAACGGCCCCAAACACAUUCUCCCCUACAGCUCCAUGUUUGUGUUUGGACAGACCAACCCGGUGCGUCGGCUGUGCCACUACGUGGUGAACCUGCGUUACUUUGAGAUGUGUAUCCUGUCGGUCAUCACCAUGAGCAGCAUAGCCCUGGCUGCUGAAGACCCUGUGCAGGCCAAUGCACCACGCAACAACGUGCUCAAGUAUCUGGACUACGUCUUCACAGGAGUGUUCACAUUUGAGAUGGUGAUUAAGAUGAUAGACCUGGGACUGCUCCUUCAUCCUGGUUCUUACUUCCGGGACCUGUGGAACAUCCUGGACUUUAUUGUGGUCAGUGGAGCUCUGGUGGCGUUCGCCUGCUCAGGAACUAAAGGCAAGGACAUCAACACCAUCAAGUCUCUCAGGGUGCUGCGAGUUCUAAGGCCUCUGAAGACCAUCAAACGACUGCCAAAACUCAAGGCCGUGUUUGACUGUGUGGUCAACUCUCUGAAGAACGUGCUCAACAUCCUCAUUGUCUACAUGCUCUUCAUGUUCAUCUUCGCUGUGAUCGCUGUGCAGCUGUUCAAGGGCAAGUUCUUCUACUGCACCGACGAGUCUAAAGGUCUGGAGAAGGACUGCAGGGGUAAGUUUCUGGACUAUGACGGUGAUGAAGUGGCGGCCCAGGAUCGUGAGUGGAGGAAGUAUGAGUUCCAUUAUGACAAUGUGCUGUGGGCCUUCCUCACCCUAUUCACCGUCUCCACCGGGGAGGGCUGGCCAAUGGUCCUAAAGCAUUCUGUGGAUGCCACCUAUGAGGAUGAGGGUCCCAGCCCAGGCUUCCGUAUGGAGACCUCUAUCUUCUAUGUGGUCUACUUUGUGGUCUUUCCCUUCUUCUUUGUCAACAUCUUUGUGGCUUUGAUCAUCAUCACCUUCCAGGAGCAGGGAGACAAGGCCAUGUCAGAGUGUAGUCUGGAGAAGAACGAGAGAGCUUGUAUCGACUUUGCCAUCAACGCCAAGCCUCUGACGCGCUACAUGCCAGCAGACAAGCAGUCGUUCCAGUAUAAGAUGUGGCAGUUUGUGGUGUCGCCACCCUUUGAGUACUCCAUCAUGACCAUGAUCGCACUCAACACUGUGGUGCUGAUGAUGAAGUUUCACGGUGCUCCGGAGCUGUAUGAGGCCAUGCUGAAGCACCUGAACAUUGUGUUCACAGCUCUCUUCACACUAGAGUGCAUCCUCAAGAUCAUCGCUUUCGGACCACUGAAUUACUUGAAGGCAGCUUGGAACGUGUUUGACUUUGUGACAGUAUUGGGGAGUAUCACAGACAUCUUGGUCACGGAGAUUAAGGACAAGCUGAUCAAUCUGAGUUUCUUGAGGCUGUUCAGGGCGGCCAGGCUCAUCAAGCUGCUGAGGCAGGGCUACACCAUUCGCAUCCUGCUAUGGACCUUUGUACAGUCCUUCAAGGCCCUACCUUACGUCUGCCUCCUCAUCGCUAUGCUCUUCUUCAUCUACGCCAUCAUCGGCAUGCAGGUGUUUGGAAACAUUGAGCUGAAUGAGGAAUCAGCCAUCAAUCACCACAACAACUUCCAGACCUUCUUCCAGGCUCUGAUGCUUCUGUUCAGGAGUGCAACAGGUGAGGCGUGGCAUGAGAUCAUGCUGUCGUGUCUGAGUAACCGUCCGUGUGAUAAGCUGUCAGGGUCCGGAGGGAAGGAGUGCGGCAGUGACUUUGCUUAUUUCUACUUUGUCUCCUUCAUCUUCCUCUGCUCCUUUCUGAUGCUCAAUCUGUUUGUGGCGGUCAUCAUGGACAACUUUGAGUACCUGACCAGAGACGCCUCGAUCCUGGGGCCUCACCACCUGGACGAAUUCGUCCGAGUUUGGGCCGAGUACGACCCUGCUGCCUGUGGCCGUAUGACCUACCUCGAUAUGUACGAGAUGCUCCGUCACAUGUCCCCUCCACUAGGUUUGGGAAAGAAAUGCCCGCCCAGAAUCGCCUACAAGCGAUUGGUUAAGAUGAACAUGCCCAUUGCCGAUGACAACACGGUGCACUUCACGUCCACUCUGAUGGCGCUCAUCCGCACUGCUCUGGAGAUCAAACUGGCGUCUGGAGUCCUGGCCCAGCGUCUGUGUGACGCUGACCUGAGGAAAGAGAUCUCCAGAGUCUGGCCCAACCUGCCUCCGAACACUAUCGACCUGCUGGUCACACCAUAUAAAAAUGAUGAGUUCAAUGAGCUUCUUUGCCCCUUUGCGGUUGUAAACCGAGAGCUGACAGUGGGGAAGGUCUACGCUGCCCUCAUGAUCUUUGACUACUACAAGCAGAACCGGGCCAAGAGACUGGAACAGCAACUGGGACUGGACUUCACAGGGACAAUUAAGAAUAAAAAGGGCCCAGCCUUCUUCUGCCCCAUGCCCAUGACCCAUAUGCAGGAGGAGGGGACAACAGUCUCCAGAGCCAAUCCCCUGCCAUCCUCCCAACCUGAACCAGAGUCUCAGCCAGAGCCCACGCCAUCCACCACCUCUCUAACCAAUGGGGAAGCAGUACUAAGCACUAGAAGUCCCAUAAAAGAGUCAGGAGAGCAACUGUCUCAGGAGGGCCAACGGUCCAGCAGUAGAAAAAGGAUUCUACGGAGAGGCCAGUCAGAGGACGUGCCCUACUCCAACAAACCUCAGGAAUCAGUGGAGAUGAGGCAGGUGGAGAACGGUUCUGAUAUAGGGGGCUACUCUGGUCUGGAUGGCCAUGGCAGAGCAGCCUCCAUGCCAAGACUGGACUCCCAGUACAAUCGGAACCACCCUCGUCACCUACCUGGGACCUACCUGGCACCUAUUGCUGACAUCAGUCCUAUCAGGCGGUCGGCGUCCACGUUGGCUUCCCAGUGCCACCGGGAGAUGAGUCUGAGAGACUACACCCUGGAGAGGCCCAGCCAGACCCGAGCCCAGGCCUCCUCAGCCCCAGGUCAAGCCCAGGACAGGCCCCACCACCAUCACCACCACCGCUGUCACAGACGCAGGGACAAGGACAAGAAGCAGAAGUCUCUUGACAGGGCAACCAGCGUUCAGCCUUCUAGUACAGCAUGUUCGUCUGUUGACCCCCUUGUGGAGGGCUUGACCAGGGAGCGGGCGAGGGAGCGUGACCGCGGCCGGCCUCAUGAGAAGAGGCACCACUCUGCAGCCGGGGAGACGAAGCGUUACUACUCCUGUGAGCGCUACGUAGGCAGGGAGCACUGCCACACCAAGUCAGCUGGCCCCAGCCGCUCCACCUCCCCUGGAGAGACCCACGACCUAGGCCUCUUGAAGCAGAGUAUCAGGAUGAGUAAAGGCAGCCAAGUGGUCCUAACCUUUGGAUCUAGCCCAUCCUGCCGUGGGCGCAGACAGCUCCCCCAGACACCCCUGACCCCCCGCCCCGCCGUGGCCUACAAGACUGGAAACUCCUUGCCCAUGCAGUUUGGUUCCACAGGGCACCAGUCCUUUCUCAGUCGUGGACUCUCGGAGCGUAACGCCCUGCUGGAGUCACCCCCCAUACCCGUCACCCUCAUUGGCUUAGACCCAAACCUGAGCCCCUGUCCGCGGAACGCCCCACCAUGCAGACUCCCUGAGGAGCCUGACGACUUCCAGGAUGCUGUGAGCAACCAUGGAGAGAGGCACUCCCCUAGGAUCAUUGCCUCAGCCUCCCAUGGGGCUACUGGGCCCUCUUCUGCACCUGCCCCACAGGGCAGGGUUGGGAUCCCAAACGGCUACCACUUCACUCUUGGGGUCAAUGCCGUUUCAAGCUCCAGCCCCAGAGGGACCGGGAGUUUUCGUGAGAAGGAAGAGGAUGACUGGUGCUAGUGUAGCAUAGCUAACAUCCCCCUCCACAUAUCUGGAAGCGUUUUAGCUUGAACGUUGAUGAACUUGCUGAUCUUUUGUACAGAUGACAGUACAGUUUUGUUGUUUCCUGUGUGCUCUUAGGUGGCCAAGGGUGUGGGGUAUGUUCAUUUGACCUUUUUUUUUAUUAGAUGAAAAAAAAGCCAAAAUGUCUUCCUACUGUCUGUGGGGGAAAACAACUAAGACUUUAAACAGUGUUUCUCUGCAGGAUUGAGCAGACAAAUCUUUAUUUCACCCUAUAUUACAGUUUUAAAAUGGGGCUACAUACUAUUGCUGUCUAAAGGACAAACCACACAGUGCAGUCAUACGGCUAAAAGCAGCUGGUGGCCUAUCGCCUCUGACCACAGACCAUCGGCCUCCAUUUUCUACACAAUGAAUAGCCAAUGUUCUUUGACACCCAGCAGGUGAUCUACUGCGUAUGGUGUGUGUUUUCCUUUCAUGUGUCUGCUGGGUCUGGAAGUAAAAUGAGAGGAACCAGGAGGCACAAGUAGUGAUAAAAAUGCAUUACCACUCAAAUCCCCUCCCUCUCUGCAAAAAAUCUAGUAUCUCUUUUACUCUUUUUACACAAGCUUUCGGUAUUACAGAAACAUACAUAAGGACAGUAUAGGAUAGUAUAAGUAGGUCUAGUAUUGCUGCUGUUUUUCCAUGUAACCCAUGACCUGUUGAACCAUUUCUCAACAACAACAAAAACACAGGACUGAAGAUUCUAAUAUAUUUUCUAUGGAACUAUAACAUUAGAUGGACUAUCUUUUCAGGAUGUUCAUUAUUUUGUGAGUUGUACCUAGUUUAAGUGAUGAGUGUAGUUGGGUAGGUCAGCUGUUUCUAACGUAUUGCUCUAGUGGCUGAAUACCAAGUGCCUAUCAUUAAAGAUGUGUUAUUGUAAAGCUAUAAUGCAGCCUGACUUUUGAUGUAUCAACACUGGAGAGGAGAGGGUGGAACGUAUGAUAUGAGGUAUACAGUAUAUGAUGUAUAUAAUAACUGGUUAUGCAUAUGAGUAGAAAUGUAUAUAGUUGAAAAGCAAAGAGAGGUUUACGUAAUUUAAGGAUGACAGUAUGAAUUGCUGGUUUGGAAUGAACAAAGCCUUUUCUUUGAUUCUCCAAGGAGGGAAAGGUUUUUGGUAAUUAUGUACAAUAUGAUUAUGUACAAUAUAGAAGUUAUAAGUAGGUCAGAACUACAGAUCCAAAGAAAUGUAAUGCAUUGUAAUGCAUGCCAGGGUCUUGAACUUGUCAAAGUUGUCUGUACUUUUGCUUAAGGGUGUAUACAGAGCUUUUGC